CGAAGCCAAACCAGUUGAACAUGGAAGGGGCUCUGAUAGCCCGGGACCGAGUUGGUGUUCAAGACUUUGUCCUUCUGGAUUCCCACACAAGUGAAUCUGCAUUCCUGGACAACCUUCGCAAGAGAUACCGGGAGAACCUAAUAUACACAUACAUUGGCACCCUCUUAGUGUCUGUGAACCCAUACAAAGAACUGGACAUCUACACAGUUAAGCAGAUGGAACAAUAUAAAGGGGUCAACUUCUUUGAACUGCCACCACACAUUUAUGCCAUAGCCGACAAUGCCUACCGGGUCAUGUGCACUGAAUAUAAUAACCACUUCAUCCUGAUCUCGGGGGAAAGUGGAGCUGGGAAAACAGAGGCCUCCAAGAAGAUACUACAGUAUUUUGCUGUGACCUGUCCCACCACAGAGCAACUGCAGGUUGUCCGAGACCGUCUGCUUCUCUCUAAUCCCGUUCUGGAGGCUUUUGGAAAUGCAAAAACGCUAUGCAAUGACAACUCAAGCAGGUUUGGAAAAUACAUGGAUAUCCAGUUUGAUUUUAAGGGGGCUCCUGUCGGAGGGCACAUCCUCAGCUAUCUGAUUGAGAAGUCGCGCGUUGUUCACCAAAAUCCUGGGGAACGGAACUUCCACAUCUUCUACCAGUUGCUGGAAGGAGGGGAAGAGGAGCUCCUUCGUGGGCUUGGGCUGGAGCGGGAUCCUCAGAAGUACAUUUACCUAAUACAGGGAAGCUGUGCCAAAGUGUCUUCCAUUAACGACAGGAGUGACUGGAGAAUGGUCCGCAAAGCAUUCACUGUCAUUGAUUUUGCAGAGAAAGAUAUCCAGAACCUCUUUGGAAUCAUUGCAAGCGUCCUGCAUCUGGGCAACAUUCAGUUUGAGGAAGACAGCAAUGGCCAUGCCAUCAUCACCAAUGGCGCCCAGAUCAAAUGGAUCUCCAAGCUCUUGGGUGUCCAUCUAUCCAUUCUACAAGAAGCUCUUACGCACAGGAAAAUUGAGGCUCGGUUUGAGGAGGUUUUGAGCCCACUGAAUGUAGAUCUGGCGUAUUAUGCUCGAGACGCCGUGGCAAAGGCAAUAUAUGGACGGAUGUUUACUUGGCUGGUUAACAAAAUCAAUGGGUCUUUAGCAAAUAAGGAUCUCACCAGGAAGACGGUGAUUGGGCUGCUGGACAUCUAUGGCUUUGAGGUUUUCGAGACAAACAGUUUUGAACAGUUUUGUAUCAACUACUGCAAUGAGAAGCUCCAGCAGCUGCUAAUAGAGAUGACUCUGAAGGCUGAGCAAGAGGAAUACAAGUUGGAGGGCAUAGAGUGGGAACCAGUUCCAUAUUUCAACAACAAGAUAAUUUGCGAUCUAGUGGAAGAGAAACAUAAAGGGAUUAUUUCUAUACUGGAUGAAGAAUGUUUGCGGCCUGGUGAAGCCACCGAUCUGAGUUUCCUGGAGAAGUUAGAGGAGAAAGUAGGACACCACGCCCACUUCCUGACCCGAAAGCUUGCAAAGCAGAAGACCCGAAAAUCCAUCGGCUGGGUUGAUUUCCGCCUCCUUCACUAUGCUGGAGAGGUGACCUACUGCACAGUUGGAUUUCUGGAGAAAAAUAAUGAUCUUCUCUACCGAAACCUUAAAGAGGUGCUGUGUAAAUCCAAAAACGGUAUCAUCCGGGAAUGUUUUCACCUGUCAGAGCUGGAUAGCCGGAGGAGGCCUGAGACUGUUGCCACUCAGUUCAAGAACAGCCUUGCAAGCCUGAUAGAAAUCCUCAUGUCCAAAGAACCCUCCUAUAUCAGGUGCAUAAAACCCAAUGAAGACAAGAAGCCCGACAAAUUUGACGACUCCUUGAUCAGACACCAGGUGAAGUACUUGGGUCUGAUGGAGCACCUGCGAGUGAGGCGAGCGGGCUUUGCAUACCGUCGAAAGUACGAACACUUCCUGCAAAGGUACAAAUCACUGUGUCCAGAAACAUGGCCUCAUUGGCGGGGCUCAGCAGCCAGGGGGGUGGAGAAGUUGAUCAAACACCUCGGAUACAAGCCCGACGAGUAUAAAAUGGGCAAGACCAAAAUAUUCAUUCGUUUCCCGAGAACUCUGUUUGCCACUGAAGAUGCUUUUGAGUACAGAAAACAUCUGCUAAUUUCCAGAGUGCAAGCCAAAUACAAGGGAUGUUUGGGGAAGCGCGAGUUCCAGAAGAAGAAACAGGCUGCCAUCAAACUGGAGGCCCGGUGGAGAGGCGUUCUGGCACGCAAAGCGGCCCAAAAGAGGGCGUGGGCAGUUCAAACCAUUCGGAAGUACAUAGUAGGCUUUAUAAACCGAAAACAACCCUUGAACCCUGCAAACGUGGACUACGUGAGGCUUACGCGGUGCACCUACCUUAUGAAGCUCAGGGACCAUCUUCCAAAGACGGUCUUGGACCAAACGUGGCUUCCGCCGCCUGAGAUCUUGCAAGAGACUUCUGAGCUUCUGAAGAAGCUGUGCAGGAGGACCCUCGUGCGGAAAUAUUGCCGCAGCAUCACAGCGGAGAGGAAGGCACAAAUGCAGCAGAAAGUGGUUGCGAGUGCCAUUUUCCUUGGGAAGAAAGAAGGCUAUGACGAUAGUGUGGCCAAGCCAUUUGUUGACACCAGGAUAAGUGAGGAAGAUUUAAACCCCAAAGUCUUGCAGCUGAUUCGGCAUGAGAAGAUCAAGUAUGUGGUCUCCGUGGUAAAGUUUGACCGGAAUGGCUUCAAACCCCGAGAGCGGCUGCUCGUCUUGACCAGGGUGGCGGCUUACUUGGUGGAGAUGGCCAAGAUCAAGCAGAAGGUGGAGUACACGAUGAUCAAAGGCCUUUCUACCAGCAGCCUGAGCGAUGGAAUCUUAGUGGUCCACAUUUCAGAAGAAUGUAAACAGCAGAAGGGAGAUGCCAUUCUGCAGUGCGAACAUGUGUUUGAGACAGCCACCAAACUCUGCAUGCUGGCCAGCAAGGAGGACAUUGCAAUUGCCCAGGGGAGCCUCCUGUACAGUUUGGGGGCUGGGAAAGAAUCGACCAUCAUUUUCACAACGGCACAUGAGUCUCGGAUCUACAAGGCCAAAAGUGGACAACUAACUGUGGUAUCGCCCAAAGUGAAAAAGUCGUGAUGGGAACACGAGUUCAAGUUUUGCCCGUUACCACGGCUGCUAGGAAUGGAAAAUACCAUGAACACCACCCCGUAUGGAGAAGAGCCACGUCCAUGGAGUUCUGAAGCCAUAGGACUGCUGCAGAUGUACCUCACUCCCAGCUUUCUUUUUAAAAAAAGCAUUACUAAAAAUAUAUAUAGCCAUUAACGGUAGAAACCAUCAUCACUCCUAAAUGUCACGACAAUUGAUGUUAACUUUAUUAGGGCUGUAGUUUUGUGGCCUUCUCUGUAAUUGAAGUUCAGAAAAAUUUAUGUCUAACUGCACUUAAGGGAUCUAUGCCUUUUAAAAGAAAAACUCUGAACAGAAGGUUCCAGCCACGGCUUCUGUAUUGGGCUUAAGCUGCUUAACAAGAAAAAAGGCAGAAGGUAAAAACUGGCUGACCCUCCAGCCAGGAAGAAGUCUGGCUUCUUUCUGUCAAGUUGCUGCAGGCAACACAAGGGUGGGAAGCACAGGCCUUAAUUUUUGCCACCCACCGCAGCUGCUGAAUGGACAUUCUAGACCCAGCCCUUGGUUUUUGCCAGUUGCUGUGUUUGUGUCUGACGCAAAAGGUCGGCUGGUGGAGUUGUGCCUCGCUCUGUGUUAGUGAGACAGAAUGUGCACUGUAAAUGGUGAUGCAAAU